AUGGUGAGUCUGCAGAAGCAAUACACAAAAAGAUUACAAAAGGAAUUUGUCUCACUCCAAGAGAGUCAGCCCCGUGGUAUAACCCUGAGUCUAGUGGACGAUAACCUACACUUAUGGCGGGCAGUCAUUCCAGGACCCGAGGACUCCCCAUACUCCGGAGGGACCUUCACAGCCCAGAUUUAUAUUCCGGAGGAGUAUCCACUGAAACCACCCACGAUUAGCUUUGACACAGACAGCAUCCCUUAUCACCUGAAUGUACAUCAGACAUUUGGCCAAGUGUGUCUUGGAUUCUUAACUGAUGAUAACUGGUCUCCUGCAGCAACAUCAAUGGAGCAAAUCGUCAAUGCCCUCUUCUCCUUGCUUGCUCGACCGGAACCAGGAAACUCGAUGGACCAUGAACUACUGAACCAGUACACUCAUUUCCGGUACAACUAUGAUCAUAAUGCACGAGCUAGUGUGAAGUAGACUUUCUGUUAGUCUCUAGUUUAUAAACUAUUCCGGCUAGUGAUGUUUU